AUGACUCAAGAACAACUCAUUAGCCCCUCGCCUGCGGCGACUGCGCCGACAACAGCAACAACAAACCUGGAACACAAUCCCUCGCACGAAGAGCAUCAGUACCUCAACCUGAUCCGCACAAUCCUAGCUCAGGGAGAGCAUAGGCCUGAUAGAACAGGGACCGGCACACGAUCAUUGUUCGGCCCACCGGCCCUUCGGUUCUCACUCUCAAAGCCCAAUCCCAACGGCGAUGCGACACCCGUUCUGCCCCUUCUCACCACAAAACGAGUCUUCCUACGCGCCGUGCUUGCGGAGCUUCUUUGGUUCAUUUCCGGCUGCACAUCGUCCUUACCCCUCUCCGAGGCCGGGAUCAAGAUCUGGGAUGGGAAUGGCAGCCGCGAGUUCCUCGAUAAGGUCGGACUAGGACACCGGGAAGAAGGCGACCUGGGCCCCGUGUAUGGAUUCCAAUGGCGGCACUUUGGGGCGGAGUAUAUUGAUGCGAAGGCCGACUACACCGGCCAAGGUGUGGAUCAACUCAAAGAGGUCGUGGACAAGAUUAUGAACUCGCCCUUUGACCGCCGCAUCAUUAUGAGCGCCUGGAAUCCAGCUGACCUGCGCAAGAUGGCGCUCCCGCCGUGCCACAUGUUCGCACAGUUCUAUGUCUCUUUCCCGCCAGAAAUGAAGCUCGACGAGAAGACGGGAAAGCCCACUGAGAAGGGUACCUUGUCUUGCCUUCUCUACCAGCGCUCCUGCGACAUGGGUCUCGGCGUGCCGUUCAACAUUGCUUCCUACGCUCUUCUCACUCACAUGCUCGCCCACGCUGCCGACCUCCACCCUGGUACUCUCAUCCACACCAUGGGCGAUGCUCAUGUCUACCUUGACCAUGUCGACGCGCUGAAUGAGCAGUUGACCCGGGAGCCUACAGAUUUCCCCGAGCUGCGCAUCAAGCGCGAGGACCGGGGCAGCGCUGUUAUCGACGGGUGGAAGGAGGAUGAGUUUGAAGUUAUUGGAUACAAGCCACACAAAAUCAUCAAGAUGAAGAUGAGUGUUUAA